ACUAUCCACAUGGGUUAUUAAUGGUUAUUAAUUUAAUGGAUUAUGACUUUAAAUUUCGUGCACUCUUACCGAAAAGUACGUACAACGCAUGCACAUGUGAUCACAGAGCAUAAACGUCUGUUUUUUCAAGAUUGCGGCCAAGAUACGGCCGAGCGCCAAUUUCUGCUGCCAUAUUCGUUUUCAGGAGCCAAAAAUACAUCAAAAACACGUGGUCGUUUGUAUGAUUUCGAAUAUGCAGUUCAUCCGAAGGUUUACCGAAUGGACAUGUUAAACAUAAUGGAUGAUUCAUUUGAUGAGUUUCAAUUAUCAAAUUCUUAUAAGAUGAUCCUAAUUUGUAAUGAAUAA